UGCAAAAUCGACCCAUCUACCAAACCAACAGCUGUGAACUGAGAGACAUAAAAGAUUGUUUCCGACGUUGUCCGGUGAUCUGAGAAAUGGUAAUAACGAGAAUAUGUGGUAAUACUAUAAAUCCGAUUUUUCAUAUUCGACAUCUAAAGCUCGAGUCUUUCCUAUGGAACCUCAUCAUUCGCGCCGCUCUUCAUCACAAUCCCUCCCCACAUUCUCCAAUCUCCGUCUACCUCCGCAUGCGCCGCCACUCCGUCACACCCGACUUUCACACUUUCCCCUUUCUUCUCCCUUCUUUCCACAACCCCGCUCACCUUCCUCUCGGCCGACGAACCCACGCUCAGAUUCUUCUCUUCGGUCUCCACGCUGACCCCUUCGUCCGCACUUCUCUCCUCAACAUGUACUCUUCCUGCAACGACUUGGCCUCCGCUCAGCGAGUCUUCGAUGAGUCUAUCUCAAAGGACUUACCCGCGUGGAACUCGGUGGUGAACGGUUAUGCCAAAGCAGGGUUGUUAGAUGUUGCGCGGAAGCUGUUCGACGAAAUGCCUGAGAGAAACGUGAUCUCGUGGAGCUGUUUGAUAAACGGGUACGUUACUUGUGGGAGGAACAGAGAAGCGCUUGGUUUGUUCCGAGAGAUGCAGUUAUCUAAAAUCAGACCGAACGAGUUCACAUUGUCGGCUGUGCUCUCCGCCUGUGGGAGAUUGGGCGCGCUUGAGGAAGGGAGAUGGGUUCACGCUUACGUGGAUAAGUACAAUGUUGAGAUUGACGUCGUCUUAGGUACAUCUCUCAUUGACAUGUACGCCAAAUGUGGGAGUCUUGAGAGAGCAAAACUUGUUUUCGUUUCCUUGGGAUGCAAGAAAGACGUCAAAGCCUAUAGUGCGAUGAUGUGUUGCUUAGCAAUGCACGGAUUAACAGAAGAGUGCUUCCAGCUGUUCUCUGAGAUGACGUCUAACAACAUAAACCCAAACUCUGUGACUUUCGUGGGGGUUCUCGGUGCUUGCGUUCAUGGUGGUCUUGUAGACGAAGGAAGAUCGUACUUUGCGAUGAUGGUUGAGAGAUUCGGUAUCACUCCAUCGAUCCAGCAUUAUGGAUGUAUGGUUGAUCUCUACGGAAGAGCUGGUUUGAUCGAAGAGGCAGAGAGUUUUAUAGCUUCUAUGCCUAUGGAGCCUGAUGAACUCAUUUGGGGGUCUCUCUUGAGCGGGUCGAGAAUGCUUGGGGAUGCGAAGACUUGCGAAGCUGCACUCAAGAGACUCAUCGAGCUAGAUCCCAUGAGUAGCGGAGCCUAUGUGCUUUUAUCAAAUGUCUAUGCUAAAACAGGGAGGUGGAUAGAAGUUAAGCGUAUCAGACAAGAAAUGGAGGUGAAAGGUAUCAAGAAAGUUCCGGGAUGCAGCUCCGUUGAAGUAGACGGCGUGAUUCACGAGUUUGUUGUGGGAGACGAGUCUCAAGAAGAGAGCGAAAGUAUUUACGCUAUGCUCGAUGAGGUAAUGCAGAGGCUGAGAGAAGAAGCUGGAUAUGUUUUGGACACCAGAGAGGUUUUGCUUGAUCUUGAUGAGGAAGGUAAAGUGAAGGCUCUGUCUUACCACAGUGAGAAACUGGCGAUCGCCUUCUGUUUGAUGAAGACGAGGUCUGGAACUCCGGUGAGGAUCAUUAAGAACCUCAGAAUCUGUGGGGAUUGUCAUCUUGUGAUGAAGCUGAUCUCGAAGCUAUACGGUAGAGAGAUUGUUGUAAGAGACUGUAAUAGAUUUCACCAUUUUAGAAACGGAUCUUGCUCUUGCAGAGAUUAUUGGUGAUAUAAUUGCUCCACCAAUGUUUGAGAACACACAUUGCAAAGGUUUCGAAAUUAAGGAAGAAAAUAUAACAAAAUAGCUUGGUUGUAUAACUAGUAAGAUACUCUAGAACCAGAGGACUGUAAGAUUCUCUCACUUAUAUUAUCUUUGAUGAACAAUGUACAGUUUAUACAUUAAGGCAAACAUACACUCAUGAGUUGAGGAUUUUCAGUAAAAAAAAAAAAAACAUUUUAGUUAAGAUACGACAAAGA